UACAAGGCCAAUGCAGACAAAGAAGUCAAAGCCCUAAGUAAACUUCCUCUUCAAUCUCCCUCUUAUUACUCACUCACUAAACCCUCCAGUUAUUACCCCAGCACAACUCUUUCUCUCUUUGUUUCUUUCACUUGUCUUCUUCAAUCUUCUGCACCCACUUAUGGAGAUGGAGACUUUUCUGCUGCAUAGUAUUAGUAAUAGUGUUGAUCUGGAGAAGAUUUUGUAUUCUCUGGUGGUGGAGACCAAUCUGCAGGCUCAAAAGUUUCUUCUUUGCCUUCUCUUGCUGAUUGGAUCUCAGUGUGACGGUACAAAUGAGUUUUCAAGCUUCCCAGGAAUUGAUCAUAGAUUUCCAUUUGCCAAACUGACUAAAGUGCAAAAGCCUGAGUCAGAAGCCGAAGAUGCCGGUGAAGCUGAUGAAACUGAAAGUGAUGACAAUGACGAUGGUGAGGAGGAGGAAGAUGACUCUGGAGAAGAAGAAAGUGAUGAUGACGAGGAUUCAGAUGAUGAUGCUGAGGCAAAUGAUGAUAGUGAAAGUGAUGACGACGACGAUGAUGACGACGACGAUGACGAAGAAGAUGAUGACAAGAACAAUGAAGAGGAUGACGACGAUGAAGAGGAGGAUGAAGAGCAAAAGGAGCCACCAUCUAAAAAGAAGAAAAUUGGAUCUCAGUGUGAUGGUACAAAUGAGUUUUCAAGCUUCCCAGGAGUUGAUCAUAGAUUUCCAUUUGCCGAACUGACUAAAGUGCAAAAGCCUGAGUCAGAAGCUGAAGAUGCCGGUGAAGCUGAUGAAACUGAAAGUGAUGACAAUGAUGAUGGUGAGGAGGAGGAAGAUGACUCUGGAGAAGAAGAAAGUGAUGAGGAGGAGGAUUCAGAUGAUGAUGCUGAGGCAAAUGAUGAUAGUGAAAGUGAUGAAGACGAUGAUGAUGACGACAACGACGACGAAGAAGAUGAUGACAAAAACAAUGAAGAGGAUGACAACGAUGAAGAGGAGGAUGAAGAGCAAAAGGAGCCACCAUCUAAAAAGAAGAAAUGA